UUACAUUAUUUUUUGUUGUGUAGAUAUAUUUAUUGAACCCAUUAAUUUUUCGAUUUAUUAUUAUUUAUCAAAGAGACAAGGUCCAGUUCAAAUCGCUGUAACAUUUAUCAAGCGGUUGCUAAAGAGGUCUUUGUGUUGCAUUCGACAUGUCUUUUAUUCAACAAGCGAGAGUUUUGCUGAGACCAGCAUAUAGGAUUGCUUCUGUAUCACCAAAAUGUGAUGUCUCAACUUCUACAGGGUAUAACUUUGUACUCAGUGAAACUCAAAAGGAAAUGCAGGAAUUGGCUAGAAAGUUUACUAGGGAGGAGAUUAUUCCAGUGGCAGCUGAACAUGAUCGUACUGGAAAGUACCCGUGGGAGAUACUCAAAAAAGCUCAUGCUUUGGGUUUAAUGAAUGGCCAUGUUCCGGAAGAAUAUGGUGGUAUGGGAUUUGGAGUAUUUGAUGGAUGCCUGGUAGCUGAAGAAGUAGCAUAUGGUUGUACAGGUAUAAUGACUGCACUUGAGGCAAAUGGAUUGGGGCAAACACCUGUCCUCUUAGCUGGAAAUCAUGAACAAAAGAAAAAAUACUUAGGUCGGUGUAUUGAAGAACCGGUAGUGGCAGCUUAUUGUGUUACAGAACCAGGUGCGGGUUCCGAUGUCAGUGGUAUAAAAACACGAGCUGAAAAAAAAGGGGACGAAUGGAUCUUGAACGGUCAAAAAAUGUGGAUCACUAAUGGGGGUGUAGCUAACUGGUAUUUUGUAUUGGCUCGUACCAAUCCCGAUCCCAAGGCACCAUCUAGUAAAGCUUUCACAGGAUUUAUCGUAGAACGAGAAUGGGAUGGUGUGACGCCAGGUCGAAAGGAAAUCAAUAUGGGUCAAAGAGCCUCAGACACGAGGGGAAUAACCUUUGAGGAUGUACGAAUUCCCAAAGAAAAUGUUCUCAUUGGUGAAGGUUCCGGAUUCAAAAUUGCUAUGGCAACCUUUGACAAAACAAGACCACCGGUUGCUGCUGGAGCUACAGGCUUGGCACAGCGAUGCUUGGAUGAAGCCUCCAAAUAUGCCACGGAAAGGAAAACAUUUGGUGUGCCCAUCGCAAACCACCAAGCUAUAGCUUUUCUUUUGGCUGACAUGGCUGUUGGCGUUGAAACUUCUCGUCUUGCUUGGAUGAAAUCAGCUUGGGAAACUGAUAACGGUAUCAGAAAUACCUUGGCUGCAUCUAUCGCUAAAUGUUAUGCAUCCGAUGUGGCAAAUAAGUGCGCUACAGAUGCAGUACAGGUAUUCGGAGGAAACGGCUUCAAUAGUGAAUAUCCUGUUGAGAAAUUGAUGAGAGAUGCUAAAAUAUACCAGAUAUAUGAAGGAACGUCACAAAUACAGAGGAUGAUUAUUUCUAGGGUUAUCAUCGAUAAGGCAAAGGGAGAAGCUUAAUGGAUUACUAAGGAUAUUGAGUCGUAUAGAAUGUUUGUUUCAGCUUAUAAUUAAUUGUAGUUUGUCUAAAUAUUCAACAAUUAUUAUUUGGAAUAAGUGAAAUUUGUUCAAACACUUAUUGGUUGGAAAUUUUUGACAAUGGGUGAAACAUGAAUAUUUUAUUUUUUUAGGGGGGGGGAAUACAAUAUCAGCAUGCCUUACGGUUUUUAACAUGGGGCCUACCUCAAUUUUUCGUAGAAAUAAGACUGAAAAUGUUAUUACUCUCUUCUGAUGACGUUGAAUUAUUUUUAUUGUGGAAUGUUGCUGAAGAAGAUUCAUAUAUUUUAUAUCAAUAUAUUUCAUGUAUCUCAAAUAUUUUAUUGUUGGUAUACGGUUAACACGUUUUUAAUAAAUUGUAAUGUUUCUUUCAUAUACA